GGAAAGAUUUCAUGACCCAACUCUCAAUGUUGAAGUGCCUUAGAUAGCAAAAGGGUUUAUUUCUUUGUGUUCAGAAAUUCUUCUGUAUUUUGUCCAAAUACCCGUCCAGGUCCAGGUUCUGGUGUCAGAACCUGGACCUGCUGGUUUUCUGGUGGCUCCUCUCUGCAGUUUGGGGAAACCAAAACGCCCCAUUAGUUUGACUUUGACAGCUCUGAUGCUUCUCUCAUGUCUGAACGUAGCUGGAGCCUUCAGACUCUGUGAGGCCACGUGGACGCGCACAUGACCUCCGCCAAGCAUUACAUCACAGCCAGCAGCUUUUAUUCUGAAAGGCCCCGGCGGAAGCGCGUCCCCGCAGCGCGCGCGCCUUGACGCUAGAACCUGUCAAAGUGUCCCGCUCGGCUCGCGCACAGUGGGCAUGCCGGUAGCGGAUCCGCUGCGGCUCCUUCCCGGUUAUAAAAGUGAACGGUGAUCUUCCGGUACAGGACUGCGCACCGGCGCGCGGAGCUGCUCUCCCGCACCGACGCGUGUCCUUACCUCCGCGGCGCCCCGCACUGCGCCGGGAUGGACUCUGAAUGGACUGGAAGCGGGACACAGGCUGCAGGAUCUGGACGGAACGGAAGCCCGCCGCAGACCGACGCCGCGCCGGCGGCCCGCGUGACCUACAUACCGCAGAGUUGCGUGGACUCAUCUUCAGGACCUCUCCUCUGCGCGGGCACAGCGGGCGGGAGCGGCGCAGCCUCCAAACACGCACAGCGCUCCGUUUCCUCUCCGCUGCAGAACUAUGCAUAACAGGUCACGUGACCGUGGCGAUGAUUAACCUGAGCGGGUGUCCGCGCGCCUGAAGUCCUAUGCAAAGUCCGCCGGAGGUUCCGCUGACCUUCAGGAGCCUCCGAGCGGGUCAAGAGGAACCUAAGCAAUAGGUCCGAGUGUUCUGGGACCUGAGCCCCUGGACCGGACCCUAGCUCCGCCCCUUUAGGCAGCCUGCUGCUCUGUCUGUCCACCAAAGUUCUGAAGAGUUCUGCUGGACCUCGCCAUGCUGCUGAACUGUGGACAGCCUCUCCUGAGGCACACUGACGUGCCGCCCCGGGUCAUCGAGAACUUCAUCCUGACGGGCUACCGCUUCCCCAACUACAGCCUGCGGGACUGUCUGCUGUCCGCCUUCAGGCCCACCAACGAAACCGGAAACUUCUGGACGCACUUCCUGCCCGUCUUCAUAUUUGCCUACUACUUCGUGGAGGUGUUUGGCUGGAACGGGGCCCCCGGCAGCAGCGCGCCCUUCUUCUACCCCCUGUGGAACUACUUCAUGGGGGUGUUCUGCCUCCUGAUGGCCAGCAGCAUGGCCCACCUCCUGAACUCCAUGUCUCUGGUGGUCCGGGAAGUCUGCUUCUUUGUGGACUACGGCACCAUCAGCGCCUACACGGUGGGCUCCUCGCUGGCGUACUACUACUACAUCCACCCUCGGGCCGGGGUGGCAGAUAAGGGGGCUCUAAACGACACGUUUUCGGGUGUGAGGGACGGAGGUGACGGAGCUGCGCUGACGCCAGACCUCAGCGUGUUUUUUGAGACCCUCUACAUCCCGAGCGCCUUCGUCGUAGCCAUCAUAUGCAUCUUGUCGUGCUGCAACACUCGCCAGAGGUGGAGGCAGCAUCGCUACAUCAUCCGGACCCUGGUGUUCCUCCUGCCCUUUCUGGUCUCCUCCACGCCCAUCUUCUACCGCCUCCUCAGCGGCUCCCCUCACUCUGCUGCCUCUUCGUCAUCCUCCUCCACCAUGUCCCGCUUCUUCUACCGCCACUGCCUGUGGCUGCUGGCGUCGGCGCUCUUCAACAUCAGCAAGCUGCCGGAGCGGCUGGCCCCGGGCCGCUUCGACAUCUGGGGCCACAGCCACCAGUGGUUCCACUGCUGCACCUUCCUGUCCAUCCUGGACGAGCUCCACAUGAUCAAGGCCGAGGUCCGGGCCAUCCUGCUGCACCCGGACCUGGUCCUGCCCCCCAACAGCCUCUCCCGCCUGUCGGGACCAACCCUGUCCUCCACCUACGGGGUGAUGCUGCUCCUCCAGACCGCCAUCGUCUCCAUCAUCCUGUGGUUCUCGUGGCGAGCUAACCGCCUGUACGGACCACAGGGAGACCAGCUGGACAAGGAGCGGCGCAAGACGCAAUAAGACGACAGAAAAGCCUUUCAAUGAGAAGAUGGAAGAUGCAGAGCGUCUGUGUGUCAGUCAUGUUCCACCCAGACUUUUAGAAACUACCUCUGAGCUGCAGGUCAGAGGAAACCACUGCUGCUGACCUUCAGCUGCCGCUCAUUGUUCUGUUGGUUUGUUCAGGUUAUUGUUUCUCUUCCAAUGAAUGCUUUGUGUUCGUUUCACCUUCCUCUGCGUUGCAGGAAUUAUCUCUUCCUCUUUGCGGCCCACAGCAGGAAGUGGGCCGGCCUUACAGACAGUGGCGGCGCAGGCCGCCUUAAAUAAAAAGAAGCACUUUGUGGGGGCCAGUCGGACUCGCCCUGUCAUCCAAAAGCCAUCUUCUCCAGAUAGUUUCUAUAAAUGUGAAAUGCUCUCAUGCACGUGCUGCUGGUGUGGUUGGCACGCCCCUGGCUGCGUUCACGAGCACAGCGAGCGCUCGCUCACGGCGGUCGGGGUCACGUGUGACACCAACAGAUGUGAGGACAAAGCUGGGUGGGACGGCUCCUGACUUCCACUGUGAAAACCUUCAUGCAGUCUGUGGCAUGAGGAGCUCAGCUCACAGACGUUAAACGGUUAAAGUUUGGAAAAAAUCCCAGAAAAGUUCAGGAAUUUCUGCAAAAACUACUGGAAAGUAAAAAAACAAAAGGCAAAACAGAAAAAAUAGAUGUUCUGUCUGAAGGAAAGACGCAGAAAGUGAUGAGUGCGUUUUGUUAAUGCAGAUAUUUAAUGUAUGCUACAUGCUAAGGGGAGCUUAACGUUCUGCAGAAAACAGACAUUUCUAGCAGACAGAAGCUCUUAUGGGGACUAAACGACUCGUAAAAGUCAAACUUCCUCAUUCAGCCCCAAAAAUCCAGCUAACUGUUGAGGCUGCUGCACUUUCAGACCAGCUUCCUCCUUUUCUUUCUAAGCACUUGUGAAGGACUGUUAUCUGCUUCCUCCUCUUCCUCCUCUUCCUCCUCUGCCACGUGACCUGACGGAAAAGCAGGCGUGGAUUUAAUAACACGCUUUUUGAAUGACAUACAGACCCUUUAAUAGAAAUCUGACUGUCUAAACUCUUGACAGAAGCAGGGCAGCAGUCUUCUGCUAAUCGGCUGUUCAAACCUCCAAAAGUAACACCUCAGCGGGCUUUUCCCGCCUUUCGGACAGGUUUGCUCCGGGUCUUUCUGGCGGGCGCGUUCUCUUGCAGAAGCUGUGGCGCCUCGCUCUGGUGACAGAAUUCAGGGCGUGUUCAGGAAAUUUGCAUGAGAAAUUUGUUUCUCCCAGUUGACCUGCUUCCUCAGGCCCGUCAGCUGAACGCUCGUGUGAGGACAGGGACACGCCAAUGCAAAGGGAGGUGCUCGCCAUUCUUUCCAUUUGUUUGUGUCUAGAUUCGUCCUGCAGUUCAAUCCAACUUCUGUUUAACCCACAGACAGAUUUGGGAUCCAUAGAUUUUUAGCAAUACGGCGUCAUCAGCUGGUUGUAAGCAGACCAGUGAGACGCGUCCUUCAGGUCUGUGUGGGACACUGGGGGGGCUUGUUUUGCUGGAACAUUGAAAACGUUGACGAGCUUGAGAUGAAAGAGGUGUUUUCCGUCUGGUUUCUCCAAUGGUUCCUCUGGCAGUCGACUGCAGUUCUACAGUUUCAUGAAACGUAUAGAAUCCUGGAAUCUGAAUUAUUAUUAUGGGUAAAAUGACCCAAUUUUAGUCGUAGACCUCUUUGUUGAACUGUGGGAUUUCUUAGACUUGACCUCAUUUUUUACGCAGCAAUAAAACCUUUUUUCGGGGGAAGCAAACCUUAAAGAUGUGUUUUUUAGUUCUUCUAGACCAGAUUCAGGCUUAAGUCAAAAGUCCUCCUCCUAGAAUGAUAGUAAAUAAAUAAUGGCAGUGUUUCUGGAGAAAUCCGACCGUUUCUGCAUACAUGAAGACCUGAAAAUGUGAGGCGUUUUGGCUACAGGCCCGCUUUGAUCCAUGGAGCUGCAUGUCUGAAGGUGUCUUUGACCCGGAUAGCUCGCUCCAGCAGAGAUGAGGAAGACUGCGCAGAACUGUUGUGAUGAGGAAGACCUCUGAAAACAGGAGGGAUUGACGUGUUUUCUGGUAUGUUGCUGAUAUCUGCACAUGUCCUUGCAUUCACUUUGCACACUAGAGAACAAUUCUGUAGAAAAGCUCACGAUGACCACGUUGCAGCGGUGCACUUUAAAGCUUCUUUAUGCUUGCACACAGCUUAGCAUAGCUUUUUUUUCUUUUGGGGUGGGAUGGGGGUGUUAGAACCUGAAAAUGUUUGACAUGACAGAUUAUUUGAGCAACAAUUUGCAAACAAGCUGGUCAAGAAGUCACCAAUGGGAGAUCUUCAUAGAGGAAGAAGAACGCCUCUGUACAGAUGAGGCUCUGAGGAUCAAAGGAUAGACAAAGAGUCUGCAGCACUUUACAGGAGCCCCCGGUCUUUUGCUUAGACGUUUCAGUGCUCAGUGCCGGUAGAGCGGCUCAGGUGAAACGAAUGAGUGUUUCUUUGCACAGAUAAACCACCUUCUGAUUUCUCACAUGAUACAAGCCUUUUCUAAUGCUUAGCUGCAGCGUCUGGACGUUAGCCUUUGUUUGUUGCAGUGAUCCACAGGUGACAUCCCACAGAUCGACUGAUUUCACACAUUUCUCCCCGCUGGUUUUCAGGUUGGGGGGUGCUCUGUACUGUUGUGAGGAUGAGUGGACACUGAUGAUGUUUCUACCUCUGUACGGCGCUCAGACAGACUGUGUGACCUCUCCAAACUGUGGCCGUCAGGCUCCAAGAUACUGUUGAUGCACAUGUCAGUGCUGAAUUCACACACUUAGAAAUUUACUCAGGGGGGGGCUCAAAAACAACUCUGGUGUUUAAAAUAUCAGUCACUGGAAGAAGAGGCUCAUGUGCGUUAAAGACAAACAUGUAUUAAUGGAUUUAUCAUAUGAAGUUAUGAAAUGUAUCAUUGAGUUUUCUUGAAUAAAUGACACAGAGGAC